GUGGUACUUGGUCUAAGGGAAGCAAAGAAGCAAAGGGGACUGCACACAGCAACCUCUACACAACAGGCACCUUGCCUUUCAAUCAUCUUCGGUCCUGAUUAUGUUAGCAGAGCUUCUCCCUCAAGGUUGGCUGCAGAGGACCCUGGCAGUGAUGCUGUGGUUGUCAUGUGGCAGCGCUCUCCAGCAAGCCAAUCAGACGGCAUGCACAGCCAGUAGCCCUGCCACUUACAUAAUGGUCUUUACUGGGCUUUGGAAUCCAACAACAUUCCCCAAGCAGUAUCCUAUGUUCAGACCUCCUGCCCAGUGGUCCAAACUCAUAGCGGUCAGCCAUAGCAGCAGAUUCCACCUGUGGCAGGAGGGCUCCCUGGCCAGUCAGGGGGUGCAGAUGUUUGCAGAGAGGGGGGUGACUGCCGCUCUCAUCAAAGAGAUCAAGGAGGUGAAGAAGAGUAUGAGGAGUGUCCACGGUGUGUUCAGGGCUCCGGGCAUCUCUAACGGAAUCGGGCACACGUCCACAGAGCUGCACAUGCAGCCCAGGAGCCCUCGGCUGUCUCUGAUGGGGAAAAUCGUUCCAAGCCCUGAUUGGUUUGUUGGGGUUGACAGCCUUGAUCUUUGUGAAGGAGGCCAGUGGGUACAGGAAGUAUCACUUGACCUUUAUCCAUAUGAUGCGGGGACAGACAGUGGCUUCACCUUUUCAUCCCCAAACUAUCUCACAGUGCCACAGGAAAACAUCACUCAGAUCACGUCGCAGAACCCAAACCACCCCGCUAACUCGUUCUACUACCCCAAACUGGCAAAACUGCCCCCUCUGGCCAGGGUGACCCUGACACGGCAGACUGGGCACUUGCCCGGGCACAAGCAGUUCUCCAACCACAUCCUCCGAGAGGCUGGCAGCAAGCGCCUCUCAGAGACGCCCCUGGACUGUGAGGUGUCAAGAUGGUCCUCGUGGGGCCUGUGUCUGGAGAAGUGCGGCAGACCGGGGACCCGUCACAGAACACGCUACAUCCUGCUCCAACCGGCCAAUAGCGGAACUGCGUGCCCGGACCUAGAGGAGGGGGAAACAUGUUCCUCUGAGAAUUGCAUCUGAGCCAGGACUACCCUGGGAUGGGAGGGGUGGGGGGGGGGAUCCCAACAGACAGAAACAGAUAGCAUUCAGGAAAAUUCAACACCCCCCCUCGACUCCACAAUCUAAACAGACCCUCUUGCUUUGAUAUGUGAAUUCAGAGCUCACAUAGAAAAGGUGUCAGUAGGUUAAUGCACUAGCCUCUUACCUCUGGAGUCCUGGGUGACAAGGAGGGACGGUUGUUAAGAUCAGGUUUGAGGUGCACUGGAGUAGUUAUUGAAGGAGGCUCAUAUAAUGUAAUAUAGCACAGCACCAUCCACAUUGUGCCUGUAUACAGCCUGUGCCAAUGUUCCUCACAAACUAUUCACCAGCAGCAUCAAUAUUCUUUUCUUAAUGGGGCAUUUACUGUAAAUACCAAUAAAAUAGUAGUUUGUAUUGUAGUCCUUUAAACCCACACAGACACCUCAUUUAUAAGGGAGUGGGUUAAGCAAU